GCUCACUUUACUCUCUCCCGCUUCUCUCUCUCUCUCUCCCUCUCUCUCUCGCUCCGCUAAAUUAAGCGGCACUCCUCCGCCAAAUCUCUCUCAGUCUCACUUCGCCACCAACAACGCCGCCGCUCAGCCGGCAUUAAAUUACCCCACUUACUGCGUUACUUCUCUCGGUAAGUGAUCGCGAAGGCAAUCUGCAUUUUGGUUGUUGAGACUGAUUGAGAAUAUUGUUCAGAUCUGAGAUCAGGCGGACCAGAUCGGAGUUCAGAUGGAGGAGGCAUUGGAGCAGGCGCGUACAAAGGACACCAAGGAGCGAAUGGCGGCGGUGGAGCGCCUGCACCAACUCCUUGAAGCUUCCAGGAAGAGUCUGAGUUCUACUGAGGUCACUUCUCUGGUUGAUUGUUGCUUGGAUCUUCUCAAGGACAACAACUUUAGAGUCUCUCAGGGUGCUCUCCAGGCCCUUGCCUCUGCUGCUGUGCUUUCUGGUGACCAUUUAAAGCUGCACUUUAACGCGCUUGUCCCGGCUGUAGUAGAGCGGUUAGGAGAUGCCAAACAGCCUGUAAGAGAUGCUGCUAGACGCCUCCUGCUCACUCUCAUGGAGGUUUCUUCUCCAACAAUCAUUGUUGAAAGAGCAGGUUCUUAUGCCUGGACACAUAAAAGCUGGAGAGUUCGAGAGGAAUUUGCACGAACUGUCACAUCAGCUAUCAGUCUUUUCGCAUCUACUGAACUUCCUCUUCAGCGGGCUAUACUUCCUCCUAUUUUGCAGAUGUUGAAUGAUUCAAAUCCUGGUGUUCGUGAAGCAGCUAUCUUGUGCAUUGAGGAAAUGUAUUUGCAGGCUGGAUCUCAAUUCCGAGAUGAACUUCACCGCCAUAAUCUUCCUGCAUCAAUGGUGAGAGAUAUUAAUGCUAGACUAGAGAAAAUUGAACCGCAAAUUCGACCUUCAGAUGGGCUUACAGGUAGUUUUGCUGCUGGGGAGAUGAAACCUGCUAGCCUAAGUACCAAGAAAAGCAGUCCAAGGGCCAAGAGUUCUUCAAGGGAGACAUCUAUUUUUGGAGGGGAAAGUGAGAUCACAGAGAAAUCUGUAGAACCAAUUAAAGUGUACUCAGAAAAGGAACUAGUAAGGGAGAUUGAGAAAAUUGCUUCUACUCUUGUACCAGAAAAAGACUGGUCUGUCCGCAUUGCUGCCCUGCAGAGAGUUGAAGGCUUUGUUUCUGGAGGUGCUGCUGACUACCCCUCUUUCCGCGGUCUCUUGAAGCACCUUGUUGGUCCUCUAAGCACACAAUUAUCAGAUCGAAGAUCUAGCAUUGUGAAGCAGGCUUGUCAUCUGUUAUGCUUUUUAUCAAAAGAGCUCUUGGGAGAUUUUGAGGCAUGUGCUGAGGCAUUCAUUCCAGUCCUUUUCAAGCUGGUUGUGAUCACUGUCCUUGUAAUUGCAGAGUCUGCUGAUAAUUGCAUAAAAACGAUGUUACGCAACUGUAAAGUUGCCCGUGUGCUUCCUCGCAUAAUUGAUUGUGCAAAGAAUGACAAGAGUUCAGUCCUCCGUGCAAGGUGUUGUGAGUAUGCAUUGUUGAUACUAGAACAUUGGCCUGAUGCACCAGAAAUACAGAAAUCAGCUGAUUUAUAUGAAGACCUAAUAAGGUGCUGUGUUGCAGAUGCAAUGAGUGAGGUAAGAUCCACUGCUAGAAUGUGCUAUAGAAUGUUUGCAAAAACUUGGCCGGACCGUUCUCGACGCUUAUUUUCAUCCUUUGAUCCUGUCAUUCAAAGGAUAAUAAAUGAAGAAGAUGGAGGAAUGCAUAGGCGACAUGCUUCUCCUUCCAUCCGUGACAGAAAUGUGCAAAUGUCCUUUACCACACAAACAUCUUCAAAUUUACCUGGGUAUGGGACUUCUGCUAUAGUUGCAAUGGACAGAAGUUCCAGUUUAUCCUCUGGGACAUCUGUGUCCUCUGGUUUGCUUCUAUCACAAGCAAAGUCCCUUGGUAAGGGUACUGAGCGUAGUCUAGAGAGUGUGUUACAUGCAAGCAAACAGAAAGUUAGUGCCAUUGAAAGCAUGCUUAGAGGUUUGGAAAUCUCAGACAAACAGAAUCCAUCAACUUUGCGGUCAUCUAGUUUGGAUCUAGGAGUUGAACCUCCAUCAUCUCGUGAUCCACCAUUUCCAGCUGCUGUUCCAGCUUCUGACAAUUUCACUAGCACUUUAGCAGUAGAAUCAUCUGCCUCUAUUGUUAGUAAAGAUAGUAACCGCAAUGGUGGUCUGGUUAUGUCUGACAUCAUCACGCAAAUUCAAGCUUCCAAAGAUUCAGGUAAACUAUCCUAUAGAAGUAAUUUGGCAACUGAAUCAUUGCCAGCUUUUUCAUCAUACUUAGCUAAGAGAGCUUCUGAAAGACUUCAAGAACGUGGUUCCGCUGAAGAAAGCAGUGAUGUUAGGGAGGGUAGGCGCUUUAUGAACCUACAUGUUGACAGGCAAUAUAUAGAGACCCCUUACAGAGAUGUGAACAUUAGGGAUUCACAUAACAGUAACAUUCCCAACUUUCAGAGACCACUUUUGAGAAAGAAUACAGCUGGAAGGAUGUCUGCACCCAGGAGAAAGAGUUUUGAUGAUAGCCAGCUGUCACUUGGGGAGAUGUCAAAUUAUGUAGAAGGGCCAGCAUGUCUCAGUGAUGCUCUCAGUGAGGGGCUUAGUCCAAGUUCUGACUGGUCUGCUAGAGUAGCUGCUUUCAAUUAUCUCCGUUCUUUGCUUCAGCAAGGCCCCAGAGGUACUCAAGAAGUGAUCCUGAAUUUUGAGAAGGUGAUGAAGCUUUUCUUUCAGCACUUGGAUGAUCCCCACCAUAAAGUGGCACAGGCAGCUCUUUCAACACUUGCAGAUAUUAUUCCAUCAUGCAGAAAGCCCUUUGAAAGUUAUAUGGAAAGGAUUUUACCCCAUGUUUUCUCACGGUUAAUUGAUCCUAAGGAGUUGGUUAGGCAACCUUGCUCAACAACUUUGGAAAUUGUUAGUAAAACUUAUAGCAUUGAUUCUCUCUUACCUGCUUUGUUGCGUUCACUAGAUGAACAGCGGUCACCAAAGGCCAAAUUGGCUGUUAUUGAGUUUGGCAUCACUUCAUUCAACAAGCAUGCUGGAAAUUCUGAUGGUUGUAGUAAUACUGGUAUCCUGAAGUUAUGGCUUGCAAAAUUAACACCAUUAGUUCAUGAUAAAAAUACUAAGCUUAAGGAAGCAGCUAUUACAUGCAUCAUAUCUGUCUACUCCCACUUUGAUUCAGCUGCUGUCCUCAAUUUCAUUCUUAGCUUAUCUGUUGAAGAACAAAACUCCUUGAGACGAGCACUUAAACAGUACACUCCACGUAUUGAGGUGGACCUGAUAAACUAUCUACAAAACAAGAAACAACGCUCUAAGUCAUCCUAUGAUCCUUCUGAUGUUGUUGGAACUUCUUCUGAAGACGGAUAUGUUGGUUUGCCCAAGAAAUCUCACUUGUUUGGAAGGUAUUCUGGUGGUUCAAGUGACAGUGAUGGUGGCAGAAAAUGGAAUUCCACUCAAGAAUCUACCCUUAUCAGAGAUAGUUUUGGCCAAGCAACUUCAGAAGAAACUCAAGAGAACUUGUAUCAUAACCUUGAGACUAGUUCGAAUCCUGAUGUUCUUCUUUCCAAAUCCAAAGAACUGUCUUUUAUGGUCGGUUCCACAGGCCAGAAUGUGGGAUAUCGAGUUGGAAGACCGGAAAAUAAGGAAACUAGUUUAAGCUUGGAGGGUUUGUCUUCUCCCUGUUUGGACACCAAUGGUCUCAUGAAAUCUGACUCCACAAGGUUCAUUGAAGGGGUUGAACACAUUAACAAUGUUUCAUUGGAAUUGGACCUUAAUCACCAUAAACCUACAGCUGCAAAGAUUAACCCUAUACUAGACAAUGGACCUAGCAUUCCUCACAUUCUUCACCUGAUCUGCAAUGGGAGUGAUGAGAACCCCAGUGCAAGCAAACGUGGUGCAAUUCAGCAAUUAAUUGAAGCUUCUGUGGCUAAUGAUCACUCAAUUUGGAGCAAGUACUUCAAUCAGAUUUUGACAGCAGUACUUGAGGUUCUGGAUGAUUCUGAUUCCUCAAUCCGGGAACUUGCCCUGUCAUUGAUAGCUGAAAUGCUCAAAUGCCAGAAAGAUGCCAUGGAAGAUUCUGUUGAAAUAGUUAUUGAGAAGCUGCUACAUGUCACAAAAGAUGUUCCCAAAGUUUCAAAUGAAGCUGAGCAUUGCUUGAACUCAGUGUUGUCUCAGUAUGAUCCUUUCAGAUGUUUAAGUGUUAUUGUCCCUUUAUUGGUUACUGAAGAUGAGAAGACUCUCGUUACUUGCAUAAACUGUUUGACAAAGCUUGUUGGCCGUCUCUCACAGGAGGAACUAACAGCACAGUUGCCUUCAUUUUUGCCUGCUCUUUUUGAAGCUUUUGGGAACCAGAGUGCAGACGUACGCAAGACUGUUGUGUUUUGUUUAGUGGAUAUCUAUAUCAUGCUAGGGAAAGCAUUUUUGCCGCACUUGGAGGGUCUUAACAGCACACAGUUGCGGUUGGUUACUAUUUAUGCUAAUCGGAUAUCACAGGCAAGGACAGGUACUCCUAUAGAUGCUACCCAAUGACUGGCUGAGUCAUUUGGGCUGGAAGGUUAAGGGUUUGGGAUGCUGGCUUAUUCAUUAUUGUGUAUCUUGUAUAUUGUGUGAAUGCAAUUUUCAAGGGGUGAUUUUCCUUUUCCCUUUGUUUUCAUUCCAUUUUCUUCGAUUUUUGAAGUAUAUUUUCAGUUCAUGUUGGUUCGGUUUGGGGGAGAGUGCUUUUGAUGGGAAUGAAAUAGGAAGUUGCACUAUUGUGCCAUGUUGUAAUCACCAUUUGAAUAACAAUGUAUGUUUAUUGAUAAAAGAAAUAUGGUUUC